AUCCCAAUCUGAAGCAGAGCUCAUUCAGUGAGCAGCACACUGGAACUUGUAACAGCACUCUGAAUUUUUAUGUGGUGAAGGGCUAUGACCAGAAUUCUGGUUACAAAAUUGGCUGCGAUGGAAUCAUUGGCUCAGCUGCCAAAGAGGAUCGCUGUGGAAUCUGCAGUGGUGAUGGCAAAACCUGUAAAGUGGUGAAAGGCGACUUCAACCACACCAAGGGGAUGGUAACCAAUAGUCAUUGUAAGAAGGUUUCCACAUGUGUGAUGGCAAAGGCAAAGGCUGUUCCCAAGUGUUUCUCGUGUUACAUCGAAGCAGCUGUGAUCCCUGCAGGUGCCCGACGGAUCAGAGUGGUUGAGGAUAAACCUGCUCACAGUUUUCUGGCUUUAAAAGAUUCCAGUAAGAGAUCCAUUAACAGCGACUGGAAAAUUGAGCUUCCUGGUGAGUUUCAGAUCGCAGGCACUACUGUCCGGUACGUGCGAAGGGGUCUGUGGGAGAAAAUCUCUGCCAAAGGACCAACUAAAAUACCACUGCACUUAAUGGUAACUUUAUAUCAUGACCAGAAUUAUGGAAUUCAUUACGAAUACACCAUUCCUGUAAACUAUACUGCUGAAAACAGAAGCGAGCCAGAAAAGCAACAGGAUUCUUUGUACAUCUGGACGCACAGCGGAUGGGAAGGGUGCAGUGUGCAGUGUGGAGGAGGUGAACGGAAAACCAUUGUGUCUUGUACUCGAAUUAUUAACAAGACCAUGACACUGGUGAAUGACAGUGACUGCCAACGAGUGAAUCGCCCCGAGCCCCAGGUCAGGAAAUGUAACACACACCCCUGCCAGUCACGGUGGGUGACUGGCCAUUGGAGUCCCUGCUCUGCUACUUGUGAGAAAGGUGUCCAGCACCGGGAAGUGACUUGUGUUUAUCAGUUGCAAAAUGGCACCUACGUUAACACGAGAGACCUCUACUGCCUUGGCAAUAAACCAGCAACUGUCCAAAGCUGCGAAGGACGGGACUGCCUUUCUAUCUGGGAAGCAUCAGAGUGGUCAAAGUGCUCGGCAGACUGUGGCAAGGGGAUUCAGAAAAGAACAGUGACAUGCACAAAUUCUCAAGGAAAAUGUGAUGCAGCUACCAGGCCAAGAGAUGAGGAAGAGUGUGAGGAUCACACAGGCUGUUAUGAAUGGAAAACAGGCGAUUGGUCUAAGUGCUCCUCAACCUGUGGGAAGGGUCUCCAGUCACGCGUGGUCCAGUGUAUGCACAAAGUCACCGGGCGCCACGGCAAUGAGUGCCCUGUCCUGUCCAAGCCAGCAGCCUACAGGCAGUGCCACCAAGAGGUCUGCAAUGAGAAGAUAAAUGUCAACACAAUUACCUCGCCCAGACUUGCUGCUCUCACGUACAAGUGCACAGGCGACCAGUGGACAGUGUACUGCAGGGUGAUCCGGGAGAAGAAUCUGUGCCAAGACAUGCGGUGGUAUCAGCGCUGUUGCCAGACUUGCAGAGACUUUUAUGCAAACAAGAUGCAGCAGAAGAGUUAAUGAAUCUGUGCUACUUCUUAGGGUAUUACAGCUAUUUGUAUGUAAAUCACGGACUAGUAGGUCUGAGUACUGGAACUUCAUGAGUUGCUACAGUGUGGUGGAUUCCAAAGCAUACCUAAUAAGACUUGAAACUAAUACUACAGACUGGAUACCAAAGUAAUCCACUCAUCCACCUUAAAAAAAAACAAACAGAAAGAGUCAUCUCAAGGAGCCAAUUGUUUUAUCGUAUUUUGACAUCCUUACAUUUUUCAUUAAUGCUUUUUACUUUAAUAUAUUAAAUCACCAGCCACUGGAUGGCUUGCUACC